UCUGGUAACGUGGCUCUGACAUCCUCCAUCAUCCAAUAUGUUAUUUUUCUCGUCACGACCGGCGCUAUCCUGCCCAUCAUCGAUCGUCUCGGCCGUCGUCCUCUCCUCAUCGGCGGUGCCAUCAUCUGCUGUAUCAUCCACUUCACCACCGGCGCUGUCAUGAAGGUCCACGGAAACCCUGUCGACAGCGUCAAUGGCGACGACAACUUGAGGUGGGAAAUCACUGGCCCUCCCGCGCAGGGCGUCAUUGCUCUCUGCUACAUCUUUGUUGGCGUUUACGGCCUCACCUGGGCUCCUAUCGGCUGGAUUUAUGCUUCCGAAGUCUUCCCUCUCAAGUACCGUGCUACUGGUGUCGGUCUGGCUGCCGCCUCCAACUGGGCGUUCAACCUUGCCCUCGCCUUCUUUGUGCCACCCGCCUUCACCAACAUUCAGUGGAAGACGUACAUGAUAUUUGGAACCUUCUGCGCAGCCAUGACCGUGCACAUCUUUUUCACCUACCCCGAAACCUCUGGCAAGACUCUCGAGGAGAUUGACGAGCUUUUCGACUCCAAUGUCCCCGCAUGGCGUACCAGGAGCGCAAGUGUGCGCUUCGAAGAUCGUGUCGCGGCAGUUGAGGGCAGGAAGGAAAGUCUCAACACUUCGCAUGCUGAGAAGGUUGAAGUUUAG